UUGAUUAGACUAACAAUAUUGAACACAUUUUAAUAGUUAGUUAGAUAUUAACACAGCAAUUACAGGACCCCCUGGUUUUAUUUAUCUGUUUCUUUCCGGUCUUCAACAUGAACAUUUUAACGUCAUUGUGUAUUAUUCUUCUUUAUGGCGCAAGCUAUUCAGCUGUUGAAGGGGCAUCCAGAAUAGUAGGUGGAAUAGCUGCACAAGAAAAUCAGUUCCGUUACAUGGUUUCUUUGCAAGAAAGAAGUCAAAGGAAUCAAACGACGAGAGGACAUAGAUGCGGAGGAGCAUUGGUCUCGUAUCGUCAUGCAUUGACAACUGCUUCGUGCCUUUAUAACAAUAAUACUGGACGUUUUACUCAAAUUCGUCCAAGAGAUUACUGGCUUUUUGCUGGUUCAGCAAGGCUUGACAAUAAUGCUACUUUCCUUUUACAAAGUAUAGAAAGGUUCACAAUACACCCUCAGUUUGAUCCACGUGUACGCUUUGUUAACGACAUAGCAAUUAUUACUGCUUUUUCAAAUUUUCCAACAGAUUGGGUAAGGGUUUUAAACCUGCCUUAUGCGGACGUCAUAACCACCCCAUAUAUGUGUCAUUCUCCCGGCUGGGGAGGCUACGAUAGUUCAACUAAUGCGAGUGUUAACUUGUUGUACACGACGAGCUAUCCGACGACAAACAGUCCGUGUUCCACUUUCUACCGUAACCAGAGCAUUGCGAUAACUAUGACACCAAACAUGCUGUGUGCUAUACCUUACACAAACACCUCCGGAUGUCAAGGCGACUCCGGCAACCCUUUGGUUUGCAACAACGAAAUAUUGGGUGUUCAAUUUUUGUCAAAGAACUGCUCCUUGCCGGUGACAGACUUGCCAUGGAACCCCGAUGUCUACACCAGGGUUUUCAGGUACAAAGAUUGGAUAGAAGGAAUAGUUAUUGGACGCCAACCUUUACCGAGCGCAGCUUCUACUUUCCAACUUUGUUAUGGUUUGCUAGCACUGCUAGUGAUAGUCCAAAUUCUAACAUCGAAGUCAUAAGGAUGUCAAUAAAAAUGAAUACUGCACUUCGGUGCCAAUUCUUCAUGUGAUUCAAAACUGUCACUGGCAGGUUUACUUGAUGAGUUUGUUGUUACUGGUAGUGAAAUGAUAUGUGUGAUGAAUAAAUUAGCAAGCAUUAUAA